UAGGAGGUAGGUAGGUAUGUAUUAUAUCUAUAUACCUGCAUACCUACAUGUUCUCAUUUCUUUUCGUUUUCUUUUUCUCUUCCCUUCUCGCCAGCCAAUCGAUGGGCAGAACGGGCUCCUGUUGUUCGAUCGAGCCAGGUGAGGGGUCGAGCUUUCGCGAUGGCGAUUCAGGAUUGCGAAUACACCAUAUAGGUGCUUUAGAGGUAGGAGGAAGUCCAUCCCGGCGCCGACCAGCCGGACGCACCCCAUCUGCCCAAUGUAUCGACACGCAUCCGCGCGCAGGUGUCCAAGUCCCGCAACACAAAAAAAGCCUCGGCUCUGUUUGAUCCAGCGUUAUAGCGCGCUUCUCUGCUGACUCCUCUGAUUCACGGCCUCUACGUCUUUCCGUGAGGGAUGACGACGCUCGAUUGGCCACCGAUCAAGGGAAUCCCCACGAAGAUCCACAGGCACGAGUAGGGCUGUUCCCAGCAGAUGGGCCGGCUUUUUCUUCUUCCUCUCUUCUUUCGUCCGCAUACAUGCGUCCACGCGUAUGGGUGUAGGGAGUGCCUACUAUCUCGGCGUGGGGCAAUGGGGGCGCCAUUCCCAGCCGUAGCCAUGUGAUGGUCGAGAAGAACUGCGCAGACAGACCCAGAACCGGCUGGGCAGGCCGGUAGAGGGACGGCGGACCUCGUUAGCAGGCCUGCUCUGCUUCCUCGGCAACACGACGUCGAUUUCCGCGCCCGAGGGCAUCGCACAGUGUGUGUCGCGCGAGCUUGGAUAGAAACAUUUGCCAAAUGCUCCGAAGAAUGCUCACGUCGGCAACUGGUAACAUGGGCGAGGAGGGCGUAGAUGGCGUGAACGGAUUGUUACC